CAUUAAAGCGGAACGCUGCUGGCGACUCGCACGCAAAGACAAAUGGAUUUCUGUAUUUCGAGCUGAUAAUAUCCAUCUAGAAACACCUCGUAUUAGCCGCGUUUUUGUGGGACUCGUUGUCUUCGAGCCAGCCGGUGCUCCUUUAGCAGUUUCCGAGGCCAUGAGCUCCAGCGGUCCGACCAGACAGCUGGCAGACGGACGGACUGCAGCCCCACUGCUGAUGCCUGCGCUGAGCCCAGAGAUGCAGAUACGGUCUGGUUCGGUCCUCCGUCUGGACUAAAGCCUCUCUGAACUGAAGCCAGAGGAAGGAGCUCUGAAACAUGGACACACCUGAGAGGUGUGCCUGUCAUGCUCGGGGCUGAGGAGGAGAGCAGCUGAGGAGAAGGAGAUGGGCUGCACCUCUGCUAAGCAGGUGUCUGCCGUGCCCAACGGUGAGGAGGGCCAGAAUAAAGCCCACAGCAACGGGGACCUCCUGUCCGAUGAGUACAAGAUGAAAGGAGUGGAAAAAGUCAAGUACAUCAGCGGAGAAGAGGCGGGAGUGGACGGCCAGGAGAGCACAGAGAAGAGCGCUCUCCUCGGUAAAGGUCAACACACAGAGGACACGGGAUCAAACGGAAAUGGAAAGAUUCUGAGCAUCCACUCCUCAGAGAGCCAGCAGGAGUUCUUCAGGAUGCUGGAUGAGAAAAUUGAAAAGGGCCGGGACUACUGCUCAGAGGAGGAGGACAUGACAUAGCCCUGCUCUCGUGCAUCCGUCCGCCGCAGCAUGAGAGGAACUUUCACUCCGGCGUCAUGGAUGGAUCAUAGAAUGUGACACUUUGUCCUGUCCACGAGACGGGAGGACUGGGUCUUGUUCUGACCGUCCCACAGGCCCGACCAGAACAGACUACUGACUUGAAACAAGCACCUUUUUGCUGUCCUGCUCACAACCUGCUCGUCUGAUCAAUUCCAAGAAAGACCACAACCAAAAUCAAAUUCCCCAAAGGGAGAGAAGGUUUAGGUUCCUCGGUGGAGCCUUUACAGGAUAAUGGAGAUCUGACACUUUCCUUUAACUGGGAUGUACACAGCUGUCACUGAGACUUCUUGUCAACAUGCAGGCUGCUGUCGAUCUACAUUUCUGACGGCAGAAGUGCUCUCGUGGACGCUCAUAGUGAAAAUACCGUCCUUGCAUCAUUCUGAAUAUUUCAUCCUCCCUGACAGGUCGACGAGUUGGAAACUUCCUGCAUUCCAAGACACAGUAUGAACCUCUUUUCUACAGUAUGUCGGCCAGUACGGUGCGUUUGUCUGUCCGUGUCCGUUUCUGUUACGACGUAGAGUAUUUAUGUUGAAUAAGGCUCAGGGUUGAAGUGUUGUAAUCAUCGUCUCAUGUAGUCGAGUCCUUCUCUCAUUAAGACACUGUUACACCAUUAAAAACACACACUCGUGCACUCACACGCCAGGGACGUGCCCUGCUUCAGUAUCCGCUCCAUUUAGCCCUACAGGGUGGACACCGAGCGCAACAUCACAUAUUAGUCUGAUUCUGUAUUUCCUUCACCAGUGUUAUAUCGUUGUGUUCAGUUUCUAUGUUGAAUUUUUGGUUUUCUAGAAAAAUAAAAAGUGUUUUCGGUAAUUUAUCCCUACA